CGGGAGGGCGGCCCCGGGGGUGGAGGCUGCCGUUCCUCCCACUCGCAGCCCCGCAGACGCUCACUGGCUCGCCGGCAGGGAGGCCGCCUUCGCAGAGCCCCGCCGCUUCUCCCCUGCCCGCUCCUCUCUGCCCCUGCUCGGUUCUGCGCGCGGGGGAGCGGAGUGCGGGGCGGCGCCGUGCCCCGUGAGGGAGCCCCGGCCCGCGCAGCGCCCGCCCGCCCUGCCUUGCUCUGCUCUGCCCGCGCCCCGGCGCCCGCCUCGCCGCCCCCUCGGGCCGGUCGCUGUGAGGAGAGGGGGGGAAGGAGAGGCCGCGGGGGGGGGAUCCCUGCCUCACCCCCUGGGGCUUCCCCGGCCCUUCCUCCCCCAUCUCUUCCCCCUCCUCCCCGGCCCAGCCGCCGCAGUACGAUGUGGCGGCGGCCGCCGCUGCGGCUGGGCGCGGGGCGGCUGCUGCGGCUGCUGCCGAGGCUGCGGCUCGGGCGGGCGCUGCGGGGGAACUGAAGGCAGCGAGCGGCGCGCCCGCUCCCGCGCGCGGGGGGUGCGGCGCGGUGCGGUGCUGUGCGCGCGUGCCCGAGCGUCUGCGGCCCGCGCGCGCGCGGGGGGUCGCGGGGCGGCAGCGGCGAGCGCAGCCCCCGCGCCUCUUCCCUCCGCCGUCCCCGCUCCCUCGGGAAGGACGUGGCUGUUAUAUGAAGACCCUGUGUGGACAGUAAUGACCGCACGUUUCCGAUUGCCUGCUGGCAGAACCUACAAUGUACGAGCAUCUGAGCUGGCACGAGACAGGCAGCAUACGGAGGUGGUCUGCAACGUUCUUCUCCUGGAUAACACUGUACAAGCUUUCAGAGUUAAUAAACAUGAUCAGGGACAAGUUCUAUUGGAUGUAGUCUUCAAGCAUCUCGAUUUGACAGAGAGAGAUUACUUUGGUUUACAGUUGGCUGAUGAAUCUACUGAUAAUCCUAGGUGGUUGGAUCCAAACAAACCGAUCAGGAAACAAUUAAAAAGAGGAUCACCUCACAGUUUAAACUUCAGAGUGAAGUUUUUUGUAGGUGACCCAAACAAGCUCCAAGAAGAAUAUACAAGGUACCAGUAUUUUUUGCAACUUAAACAGGACAUUCUUACUGGAAGAUUGCCCUGUCCUUAUAAUACUGCUGCUCUUCUGGCUUCCUUUGCUGUUCAAUCCGAGCUGGGAGACUACAACCAUUCAGAAAACUUGCCAGGCUACCUCUCAGACUAUUCUUUCAUCCCUAGCCAGCCUCAAGACUUUGAAAAAGAAAUAGCAAAAUUACAUCAGCAGCACAUAGGGUUGUCUCCAGCAGAAGCAGAGUUCAGUUAUCUCAAUACAGCACGUACCUUAGAACUUUAUGGAGUUGAAUUGCACUAUGCAAGGGAUCAGAGUAACAAUGAAAUAAUGAUUGGAGUGAUGUCAGGUGGAAUACUAAUUUUUAAGAACAGAGUACGAAUUAACACCUUCCAGUGGUUGAAGAUUGUCAAAAUUUCUUUCAAGUGCAAACAGUUUUUUAUUCAACUUAGGAAAGAACUGCAUGAAUCUAGAGAAACGUUACUGGGAUUCAAUAUGGUGAAUUACCGAGCAUGUAAGAAUUUGUGGAAAGCUUGUGUAGAGCAUCACACGUUCUUCCGUUUGGACAGACCGCUCCCCCCUCAGAAGAACUUUUUUGCACAUUAUUUCACUUUGGGUUCCAAGUUCCGGUACUGUGGGAGAACAGAGGUCCAGUCUGUGCAGUAUGGUAAAGAAAGAGCAAACAAAGACAGGGUAUUUGCAAGAUCCCCCAGUAAACCCUUAGCACGGAAAUUAAUGAGUGGGAUGGAUUGGGAAGUAGUGAGUAGGAACUCGCUCUCUGAUGAUAGGUUGGAAACACAGAGCCUACCAUCGAGGUCUCCACCUGGAACCCCAAACCAUCGCAACUCUGCCUUCACUCAAGAAGGAGCCCGGUUACGACCCUCAUCAGUUGGACAUUUAGUGGACCACGUAGUUCACACUUCCCCAAGUGAAGUAUUUGUAAAUCACAGAUCUCCGUCUUCCACCCAGGCUAACAGCAUCAUACUGGAAUCAUCACCAUCUCAAGAGACUCCUAUAGAUGGGCAGCCUCCUGCAUUACCACCCAAACAAUUUAAAAAGAACAGUUGGAACCAAAUUAAUAAUUCACACUCACAGCAAGAACUGGAUAACCAUAUUAAUGAAACAUUUGAUAUUCCUUCAUCACCUGAAAAAUCCACACCCAAUGGUGGAGUUCCCCAUGACAAUCUUGUUAUGAUCAGAAUGAAACCGGAUGAAAAUGGAAGGUUUGGCUUCAAUGUAAAGGGUGGAUACGAUCAGAAGAUGCCAGUAAUAGUGUCCAGGGUAGCUCCAGGAACACCUGCUGAUCUGUGUGUCCCUCGUUUGAAUGAAGGGGACCAGGUUGUGUUGAUUAACGGCAGGGAUAUAGCAGAACAUACCCAUGAUCAAGUUGUUAUGUUUAUUAAAGCUAGCUGUGAGAGACACUCAGGGGAACUUGUGCUCCUAGUUCGACCCAAUGCUGUCUAUGAUGUUGUGGAAGAGAAGGUGGAGAGCGAGCCUGACUUCCAGUACAUCCCUGAGAAAUCUCCACUUGAUGGUGUCCAUCAAGAUGAUAAUGCUCUGAGGGAAUCCAUGAUUCAGCUAGCAGAGGGGCUUAUCACUGGAACUGUUUUGGCUCAGUUUGAUCAAUUGUAUAGGAAAAAGCCUGGAAUGACAAUGUCUUGUGCCAGAUUACCUCAAAACAUUUCCAAAAAUAGAUACAGAGACAUUUCGCCUUAUGAUGCUACACGGGUCAUUUUAAAAAGUAAUGAAGAUUACAUCAAUGCAAAUUAUAUAAAUAUGGAAAUCCCUUCUUCCACAAUAAUAAACCAGUACAUUGCUUGUCAAGGUCCAUUACCCAACACAUGUCCUGAUUUUUGGCAGAUGACUUGGGAACAGGGCUCGUCUAUGGUUGUAAUGUUAACAACUCAAGUUGAACGGGGAAGAGUUAAAUGCCAUCAGUACUGGCCAGAGCCAUCAGGAAGCUCAUCAUAUGGGAAUUUCCAGAUUACCUGCCAUUCAGAAGAAGGAAAUCCUGCUUAUGUCUUUCGAGAAAUGACAUUGACUAAUCUGGAGAAAGAGGAAAGCCGCCAACUAACCCAAAUCCAGUACAUAGCAUGGCCUGAUCAUGGGGUUCCUGAUGAUUCCAGCGAUUUCCUAGAUUUCGUGUGUCUUGUGCGAAAGAAGAGGGCUGGCAGAGAAGAACCUGUUGUUGUUCAUUGCAGUGCUGGGAUUGGACGGACAGGAGUUCUUAUCACUAUGGAGACAGCUAUGUGUCUCAUUGAGUGCAAUCAGCCUGUUUAUCCAUUAGAUAUUGUAAGAACAAUGAGAGAUCAAAGAGCCAUGAUGAUCCAAACACCUAGUCAAUACAGAUUUGUAUGUGAAGCUAUUUUGAAGGUGUAUGAAGAAGGAUUUAUUAAACCUUUACAAACAUCGCUGCAUAAGUAAAGAGCAAGAAACCUGGGAUAUCAAUUGAGGAAUCCUGUCCUCUGUAAUGAACUGGCAGCAUUCUUUGUGCCAUAAUACUGCUUGCAGGAAAUCAAUGAUCUUAAAGGUCUUUUCCAACCUAAGUGAUUCUAUGAUUCUUUGAAAUGAUAGUGAAGUACAGCAAAGAAUUGACAAAGGACUUUGAAAACUUCAGCACUGUUGCACUUUACGUUGAAACAAAAUCAGUCUCUGAAACUCUUCUAACCUUCAUCUGUUUGAAGACUUUAUUUUCGUGCUUUGCUCCGAACAAACCAUGAACUGAAAGAACUAACUGUGUUCAGGGUAAUCUACGAUAUUUCAUUGUAGUGCCAUAUACUGCGCUUCUGGUUGAAUUGCUACAAACAAGGCUUGGAAUUAUUUCACUCUGUUUUACACCCAUGUCUCUUAAAAUGAAAAACAAAUGGGAAAAAAAAAAAUUACACUAAGCCAUGGUCUUUUUCCAGUGCUAGGUUUAUUUACUAUGUACAGACUUUCACUGUUUUGUUUUUUACAACAUUAGCAAUAUUGCCAAUACUAGAUAGAUACACACUGCCUACUGAUGCAGCACACUCUGUCCUACACCCUUACUUGAGACCAGCUGGUUGGUAGAGAAAAGCUGGUGUCUGUGUUAACCCAGCAGUAGCUGCAUAAUGCCCACUUACCAGCAUCUUGUACAAAAUAACAAAAAUUGAAAAAAAAGAAAAAAAAAAAAAGAAAAAAAGGCAUUUCUUUGACACAGCUUGUGUGUCAUACACUGGUGUGUUCUGAUUCAUGUGACUUAAGAUGAUGUGAUGGGAACUAGUGCAUGCAUUAUGUCUUAACCCCUUAAGUGCCUUGAGACUUGCAGUGUACAUCCAGUGAAAGGCACUUAGGAUUCUCUGGGGGUGGUAUUAUCCUGUCAUAUUUAUCGUAAUGGGUUCAGAUUUUAACAAUGGCCCUUGGUGCUUGGAAUGUGUUACCACAAGGGGCCAUGGAACUACCAUUCCCUCUUUUCUUCUACAAGUACCUGUGUGCUACUUUGAGUAGCAAAAGCACCUCUACCAACCUAAGGAACGAGCAUUGUAUGCUGCUGUGUUGUAAUUCUGUGAAAAAUCUGACACAUUCCAUCAUUCCAACUAGUAACUUACUAGCAGAUUACAAUGAAAUGCUGGUAGGUCAUAAGAAGCUGAACUUUGUUUUAUCCUUUUAUUGGGAAUAGCUGUCUUACUCAAUUAGAACAUAACUCUUUAAUAGCACUGAUAAUUAAGUUGAACUUACAAUCAGAUGUGAUUUAAUUCCAUUAUUUGCUAACCAAUUACUUUUUAAGUCCUCAUAGUUGAUUUCAAGCCAUGUUCGUACAGGUUUGCGUUUUAUUUUUUUAAUUGUUGGGGGGGGGGGGGGGGG